AUUUGACUUUUAUUUUUAAAAGCUGUUACUGUUGGUUCUGCUGCUUAUUGUCACUGUCUUAAUGAUUUUUAAUAGUUUACUCAGGCUUUUAACAAUGCUCUUUUCUGCUUACAUUGCAAUGCUGCCAAAGCCUCGGUGGAAAAGUUAGGAAAAUAAAUCUGGUUAUGUUGUUUUUAUACUCUCUUCACAUCCUUUUACCUAGGGACUUUGGCAUUAAAUCAGCCUUUGUUUUGCAUGGUACAUCUGCUUUAGUUGCUUGCUUCUUACCUGAAGCACUGAGGCUCAGUCUCCCCUUUGUAUCUGUUGUGUCUGGGUGUUCUUGUGCCCAUGUGCUGUGGUUUCCCAAUGUACACUGAUUUCUUGGAUGGUAGCGGUAAAAGUGUGUUUGGAUCACAGAAAAUGUGGAGCGUGCCACAGGUGAUGUGGUGGGGAAUAAGGAGGAAAAUAUGAAAGGCAAACAACCCAAAAAGGGAAUCUUUGGUAUCUAAAUUUCGGUGUGUAGGGCUGUUUGCCCCAAGUGUAGGCAUGGUGCUUUAACCCAGAUGAUGUUCUGGGGGCAAAAAAAUUUUACAUAUCCCAUUCUCCAAUCUCCCUAUUGUCUGUAAAGGAAAAUACAGCAUUUCCUUAGGAGGCACUGGAAAUGCAAAGUAGGAAAUCCUGUGAUGACAGACAGCUCAGUGAGACUUUUAUGCAGGCCAUAGCUACUGCUUUCAGAGUUUUAAACACUGUUUGGAAACACUGACAACUGUUUAGCAGUUUCUGGGCCAUUCCCUGCAGAGUUGUAUCCAGGUUGGAGAAAAACAAGGAACGACAAGAGCCUGAUGGCAAGAAUGUAAAGAAGAGUUCGAAGGUGGUCUCAACAGCCCUUUGUGAUACUCUGUGAGUGAUAACCUGCUACGAAGAGCUGCAUGCCAAGAAGCCCAGGCUUUUGGCAACCAGCUGAUGCCUGCCACUAUGCCAUUGAAGAAAGCAACAGUCUUCCUCAACCCAGCAGCUUGCAAAGGCAAAGCUGGGAACCUUUUUGAAAAGAAUGCUGCACCAAUCUUGCACUUAUCUGGCUUGGAUGUAACUGUGGUCAAGACUGAUUAUGAGGGACAAGCAAAAAAGCUUCUGGAAUUAAUGGAAAACACGGAUCUGAUCAUUAUUGCAGGAGGAGAUGGCACAGUCCAAGAGGUCAUAACUGGACUUCUCCGUAGAGCAGAUGAGGCUGCCUUCAGUAAGAUUCCUAUAGGAUUCAUACCCCUUGGAAAAACUUGCACUUUGAGCCACACACUGUACCCUGAGAGCACGAAUCAAGUCCAGCAUAUUACUAAUGCUACAUUGGCCAUUUUGAAAGGAGAGACAGUUCCACUUGACGUCUUGCAGAUAAAGGGAGAAAAGGAGCAGCCUGUGUUUGCAGUCUCUGGUUUAAGAUGGGGAUCUUACAGAGAUGCAGGAGUUAAAGUUAGCAAGUACUGGUACCUUGGGCCUCUGAAAACCAAAGCAGCUCAUUUUUUCAGUACAUUUAAGGAGUGGCCUCAGAAACACCAAGCUGCUCUCAUGUACUUGGGUCCAACUGAGAGACCUCCAGAAGAGCCAGAGGAGAAAUCAUCCAGACCUCCUUUGUAUGUGAGGCUUUACAGACGACUUCGCUCGUACUGGUCAUCUCCAAAAGAGUUCCCCCAGGAGGUAGCUCCAGAGGACUGGGAAGAGCUGAAGCUGUCCACCAUUGAGCUUUCCAUUGCAACUCGGAACAGGAAGCUUGAUCUAACACGCACUGAGGACUUCAUGGACAUUUGCAUCGAAGCAGAGAGUGUCAGCAAAGGGGAGUUUGUUCACAGAGGAAGUCAAAAGAUGCGUGAUCCACACAUGUGCCCUGAAGGGAGUCAGUGCAUCCAAGCCAGCAGAUGCAUCUUGCAACUUCCAGAGGGCACUGAGGGAUCCUUUGGCAUUGAUAAUGAGGAGUACGAAGCGAUGCCUGUGGAGGUGAAGCUCUUACCCCGCAAACUCCAGUUCUUCUGUGAUCCCAGAAUGAGAGAGCAGCUGCUGCAGGCAGCGGUACAAUGAGAGUCAUACCAGAGGGGCCAGUGUUCACCAGUCUUACCGGGGUCUCUUCAAGGCACAUGAGACCUAACUAACUUGAUUAACCCCACUAGACUAAUAAGCCUUUUGGCUCUUUUUAUGUGCGAGGUACUUCCAUUGGAAGUGUAUGAUUUGACUGGUUUCAAAGGGGUUAAAAAUGCAAAUGAAAAUUCUGUAAAAUGCAUGUUAACUUGAUGGCAUCUUUUUUCCCCCUCCCCUAAGAAGUCAUCAUUUACAGCACUACAGGCUGAGUGCUGUGUGCCAGAUGCUACUGCUGUAAUGCAAUUGUAUAUUAAAGUAAAAUUUAAGUAUA